UUCGUUAAAGAGCGGGUCAGUGUUGCUGUUCAGUGGUGAUAAUGGCGGAGGGGGGCAGUUAUAUAGACAGUGAUAAGUUUAAGUGCCCGGUGUGUCUGGACCUGAUGCGGACUCCGGUCACUAUCCCGUGCGGACACAGUUACUGCAUGCUGUGCAUCAGCCGUUGCUGGGAUAAGAAGGAUAGCAGCGCCGGGGGCCCGCAGGCCUGCCCGCAGUGCCGCCACAAGUUCACCCCCAGACCCAAACUGGCCAAGAACGCGCUGCUGGCGGAGCUGGUGGAGAAGCUGCGGGAGGAGCGGCGGGUGGCGGGCUGCUCUCAGACUGAACCGGGGGGCGCUGGAGCUGCUGGGGCUGCGGGAACAGCGGCGGGAGGAGCGGCGGCGGCGGACGUGCCCUGCGAUGUGUGUAUAGGAGCUAAAGCUAAAGCCACCAGGUCCUGCCUGGUGUGUCUGGCCUCGUACUGCGAGCAGCACCUGCGGGCCCACUACCAGUCCCCCGCCUUCAGGACCCACCGGCUGAUCACCGCGGCCGGCCGCCUGCAGGACCGCAUCUGCCCGCAGCACAACAAGCUGCUGGAGUUCUACUGCCAGUCCGAUAAACUCUGCGUCUGUUACGUCUGCAUGUUCAACGAGCACAAAGGACACAACGUCGUGUCCGCGGAGACAGAAAGAGCCACCAAGAAAAUACAGAAACAGCUAGCUGCCGCUCAGCAGAGCUCCCAGCAGAAGAUCCGAACCAAAGAGAAGGAGCUGAAGGAGCUGAAGCAGACCAUGGGAAAUUACAAGAACCCGGUGAAAUCCACGCUGUCUGAAAGCUGCUCGAUACGGGACUCCCUGAUUAAAGGCGUGAAGCAGUGGCAGACUGAACUGGAGAAGCUGAUCAAAGCUGAAGAAAGCAAGGCUGUUAGCGCUGCUCAGAGCGUUUUGGCCCAGCAGGAGCAGGUGCUGGCUGAUCUGAAGAAAAGAGACGCUGAGCUCCAGCAGCUGUGCCGAUCAGAUGAUCACGUCCAUUUCCUCAAGAACUUUGAGGCGCUGUGUGAAGCGUCCCCAGACCCCAGCUUUGACACCUCGACUGCAGCUGCCGGGGCGGUCGUAUCUGUCCGAGAGCGUCUGGAGGAGGUCUGCAGUGACCAACUGGCUGCUUUUUCCAGAAGGGCAAAGGAAAUAGAGGGGCUGAUCUUCGUGCCGAAAACCAGGACGGAUUUUCUAAGAUAUGCCUGCACUCUGACGUUCGACGUCAACACUGUAAACGGCUAUCUGGAGCUGAAUCACAAGGAGCGGACGGUUAUGUGCGACUCGUCCUGCUUCUGCCCCGGGAUCGACAUCUGCAACCGCUUGCCCCGGCCUUACCCGCCUCACCCUGAGCGAUUUGACCACCAGCAGCAGGUCUUGUGUAAGGAGCCUCUUUACGGAGGACGCUUCUAUUGGGAGAUCGAGGGCACCCCACUAAAAGGGUGCAUUGGCGUCUGUUACGGCAGCAUCCCCAGAAAAGAGCACAGCUUCCUGGACGAUCUGACGAACAGCCAGAAGUCGUGGUGUGUGGAAUGCGGGCAGGGAUACCCUUUCGCCGUGCGCCACGGCCCCUAUGUCGUCCACAAGUAUUUUGCGGACGAUGUCAAAUGGGAAAGUUCAGAUCCAGGAAAGAAUACGACCACAGUCGGCAUGUUUCUGGAUCAUUCUGCUGGCAUCCUGUCGUUCUAUUUGAUCAACAAAGGGAACAUGUACCACAUGUACACCUUCCGCACCACGUUCACUGAGCCGCUCUAUGUAGGCCUGAGACCAUGUCCCACUCGCACCUUAAAACUGUGUAGUUUGGAGCCACCAGCCCCAGUCGGCAAGUCGGAGCUGGGUGGAGGAAUCUGAUUUUCUCUCUUUUUUUUUUUUUUUUUUUUUUUUUUAUAAUUUUAUUUCAUUUCAUUUUAAUUUUUGAAAAAUAGUUAAGUAGAAUAGAAUCCGUUAAUGCGGCAAUGCUUUGACUUACUAAAGUUUGGGCACCCUUGGUCAACAUCUGUUACUGUGAAGUCUGUUAGUUAAGUGAAAAUUUAUGAUGAUAAAUAUGAAUCAGAUCGAUUUUUUUUUUUUUUUUUUUUUUUUUUUUUUUUUUUUUUUUUUUUAUUAA